UUGUAGUGUUUACAAUAUUUACAAAAUGGAGAAGUCUGUGGAAACUCUCGAAGCUAUGUUUCAAAAGGCUGAUUCAGACCUCAAUUAUCUUGCAAGAAAGGUAGAAUUCGAGCUUGAAAAUUCAAAUGAAAAUGGUGAGUCUUCCAAUCCAGCCAAGAUGAUAGAGAAAAUUAAUGAAAUUAAGAAAGAAUAUACAGCAAUUGCCCAAGAUGCUCUUGACAUCCAAAAGACACAGAAGGAGGCCAUGGACUUUUUCCGAACACAGUUAUUAACAGCAUGUCAAAUGGUACAAAAAUUAGACCAACAAACAGGAGCAGAUAACACAAAUCCACCAGAUUUACAAGAACUAGCAAGUCUUUUAAAUUUUGAUCCUGAUAGUUUGAAUAAAAUGAUGCCCCCAUCAACAGAAGAUGGUAAUCAGGCAUCAAACAGUCAAACAUCUCAAUCUACUAAUAAUAAUAUACAGCCCACUAGUCAAUCAGAUCAAACAGCAAGUUCAGCACCACUGUCAGCAGCAGAUCUAAGAUCCCAAUCUAAAGAAUAUAUGGAUAUAUCUGAAGAAGAGUUCAAUUCAGUGUCAGAUUUAAUACGAGGCAGGGUUAAAUUAGCAGACGUCAAUAUGACAUACCAAGUUUUAUGGCGACAUUUUAAGGAAGAGAAAAAUAAAAAACCAUUAAAAACAGCAGACAUGCAUAAAAUGGGAUUAAAAGUUAGCGGUGCUACAGGUGAAGCUAAAUUAAAGGUAUUAAGAGCGUUGAAAGUUCUACAAAUGUCAAGUAAAGGAGAAGUAACUUUAACAUGAUAAAUUUCACAUCAUUUUACAAAGUUUGAAUAUCGAUCAUCAGUUAUAUUUCAUGAUCUACAAACAUUAACUGUGUUCAACAGAUGAGAAAUAUAAACUAAUGUUUAUCAUUGUGAGCCAUACAGAAUGCCAUAACAUACAUGAUUGUGGGCUGAUUUGGUUUUCUUCUUUAACAUAAGAAUCAUCUGUUGUGCAUGUACUGGUAGCUAUCUACUAUCUUUUCGUGUUUUAAUGGCUCAGGAUACUAAUUUGUAUAUAAUUGUACUACAAUGUUGUAGGUAUGUUGUAAUUUGUAUAUAUAUAUAUAUAUAUAUAUAUACUAGUUUCAUUCUUGAAAGAAUCAUUCAUUCAGAUUUAAUACGUGAGCAAUAAUCAGGAUAAUGAAUAUGUUUUGGUGGGACAAGAGAUGGGCAGAUGAAAUUCACUGUAAGAAAAUUCUAACUGACAAGGAUUCUUUUACACUAUGUGUACACAGAUGGACUUUGGUUUUCAUCCUGUCCAAAAGACUAGGCACACUUUCCUCAUCAACCGCCAGGUGCCACUCCAGAGAAAUGAAAACCGGGCAGUGUAAAAAAAUCUUGAAGGUUCAUCUCAUCACCCUCCAGGAUUUGAACAUGAAAUAUUGUAGUUGCUUGGCCGCUCAGCAAAAAAAUGUGACUGUAACAGUGAUUAGAUUUGAAAAUUUUUCUUGUUGGACAUUUUUUCCCGAAAAUAAAGGGGCAUAACUCUUAUCGUUAUUUAAGCAGACGUUUUCAGACCACAAUUAAAAAUCAUGUUUCAACAAAAUAUUCAAAUUCAUACGUAAUAAAAAAUAGGUGCACCUGGUUAUUUUUCAUAUUUAAUUCGUGUACGGUAAUUUCAUGUUACUGAAGAUGCAUUGUAAUAACUGUAAAACUAGAUAAAUAAACGUCUUGGGUGUGAUCAGAAUUAGAAUACUCUUUCCUUACUGAUUGAGCUUCGUUACCAAUGCUUCCAUUUCAUUACUUUCUACUGUAUGGCAGUGCAAGGUGUUGGGGAGAACAAUGGCUACAAAAAUUUCAUUUUUUUUCUUUUGGAACACCUCUUAAAAGUUUUGCUUCCUAUUUCUUAGGGAGAAAAGAAGUUCUUAAAAACAUGAAAUAACUGGUUUUCAAAAACUCCCUUCACUUGACUCCAGUGGCUGUUUGGUUUGAUCUUGAUGACCUUUCAGGUACUGGUUUGUCUGGUAUCUAUCGGCAUGGAACAUCUAUACAAAUUUUUGUCAGCUGCUUUAUACUCAAUGAAUUUCCAAUAUAAUUUACAUUAUUGGGAUAUAUACUUCAGUAUUUUUUCCAUUAUCUAAUCAUUUUAUGGAUUGUGUUUCUCCCCUAGAUUCUUCUGUUCCAAGAAAUUAUCAAUGUAAUAAUCUGCUGCGGGUUGCUGUUUUGGGGGGUUGGGGGUGAAAAAAAGAGAAUCAAACCCAUGUAUUUAGGCAGGUUACAUUUACUUGAGCUGGACACCAGAAUCCACAUAUCAAUUUGGUUGGGAAGUUUUCAUGGAUGACACUUCUUAUUCUUUUAAAAUUAGAGGAAAAUGGCACUACAGAUGUAGAUGAAUACAAGGUGAAAUAAUAAACUUAUAUAUAUAUAUUUUAUUCUAGUAUAAAAAUAUUUGAUUUUAUAUAAUUAUUACAUUUAAUUAAUGGUAAACAAUCUUAAAAUUUACUUGAAUAAAUAUGUACAUGAAGGCUAUAUUAGCUUUUUGUUGCAAAUUCAUUAUAUUAAAAUAAAUGUUCUUCUUAAAUAUGAAUAAAAGUUUAAAAUAGGU